UAAUUACCACGGAGUAUUGAUUCCGACUUCCGAGCUUCUCCGGCUGAGAGGAGUCCACCUCCACCUUCAACUUCACCACUCUCUACUCCACGCUUUCCUAUUCUCUCUUUCUCUCCAUAUUUCAAUUUUCUCUCUCUUCGUCAAUCUGCACUUUCUUCCGGUCAUAAAAAUGUUGGCACGAUGGAGCAGAGCAAUUUCUCAGAUAUCUAAUGCUGGAUCACAAAGCAGGAUUUUAGGAGGAUUUUCAAACACUCAAAAUUAUGCCAAAGUUGCUGCCUUUUCAAUGCCGCCUUCUUCUUCUUCGCUUGAUUCCAAUGAUUUCAACAACACCAACAUUCCCACUGUUAAGCUAGAUAAGUUGUUUUGGUCUAAGCCAUGUUCAUUAGCUUUGGCCAAGGAUUCACCUUUGAGGAUUGAAGAACCAGACUAUCAGGGCAUCCGUCGCUUCUUCCUAAAAUUGAUGCUCUUUUACAGUAAACAAAGCAAAUCUAUUCGAGGGGCAAAUGUGGUUUACAGACGCAUAAUUACACAGGCUGAUAAAUCUGCUAUUUACAAUGUUUUUAACAUAGAGAAGACUUUUAAAACUACGUUUUCCCUAUUGGUGCUUCAUAUGUGGAUGUGUUUGCGACGGUUGAAAGAGGAAGGGCAAGAAGGUGUUGAAUUUGGUCAGUACGUGUACGAAAUUUACAAUCAUGACUUGGAAUUGAGAGUAUCCAAGGCUGGGGUUAACUUGCUAUUGACUAAGUGGAUGAAGGAUUUGGAGAAGAUAUUCUAUGGAAACCUUGUUGCAUAUGAUGCUGCCUUACUUCCAGAAGCUGGAAAAGAUGAUCUUUCGAAUGUCAUAUGGAGGAAUGUGUUUUCCGAUGAUGGUAAGUCAGAACCAAGUGAUGCUGCUAGACGUCCUGUUCAGGCAAUGGCUCGGUAUGUUCGUCGUGAAAUUAGUUGUCUAUCCUUGACUGAUAAAGAAGCCAUGUUCUCCGGAAACUUCAAGUUCAGCUCUCUAGAGAAUCCUCUUCUCAACUCAAAAAAAUCAUAAUGGCAUAGAAUUUGGGUUGACCAAACAUGCGCAUUGAAGUUAUGAUGCUAGAAUUAUAGACAAUGUCUUGUUGCUCCGACAUUUAUAGUUCAUAAUGGAUUGUCAUAUUUUUGUAGUAAAGGUUUUUAACAGCAUAUAUGUAGUGUUUUUUUUGACACUGAUAGCAGUUAUUUUGCUUAAUCAUGAUGUAGGGUUUCUUUAAUUAUAUGGUUCCAUAAACUUUAAUCUAUGUACAUGAUCUUUUAUAAGACGUCACUUUUGCAACAAAGAUGCCCCAUUGCUUUAUAGCUU